GCGCACUCUGGGACCGUCGAGACCUUUCGCACAGAAGAACAACGCACCAAAGCAUGUUCCAGAAACUGGCCGAGGAAUACGAAAAAUUUAAGCGCUAUGUGAAAUGGCUGUACGUCCUCUACGAGCUUAAUACACAGAUCGCCAUCUGUGAGCCCUGGGAGAAAGUGUUUUGUCACGUACUCCUUGGCAGCUGUCUGUCCCUCAUCCUGUACGCCUCAUACGCCUUUGUGCCGGGAUAUUGUCUCACGCUUGUUAAGCUUCUGUGGCCAGCCUCUGACGUACUAAGCCCCACCAAUGCGUGCAAUAUAAAUGCCGAUGUCAUGUGUGGCAACGAAAGUGAGCCAUUUCUAACCUAAUCUUAGAAUAGAUUAUCUUUAAUAAUAAAUUAUUUCAAACGUAA